CUGCGGGGAUGGAAUGUUUUGUUUAUACUAGCUAUGUUUGUGUGUUACUGAAUUUGUCUCGAAGUUACAAUUACUUAUUUCAUAUCGAUUUGACAGUUUGACUUUGCUGACUUGGGGCUUGAGUCGUAACCAACUGGCUAGCCGCUGCCACAUCUAAGGGCAGCCAAGGUAUGGUUUUAGAGCCUUUAUUAUAGCCUAACAUGGUAGCUACCUAACAAACUUACCCUAUUUACUAAUUUGGCUAGACGAUACAAUGCGCGUUUCAAAACGUACCUAGCUGUGUUCCAAAUAACGUGCAUACACUGUUUACAUUUGUUCCUCGAGUAAAGAUGAUCGAGGUGGUGGCCUCUAUGGCGCGAGGCCCGGUGUUCCUGGCCGGGGAGAUGAUGGAGUGUCUCAUCACCUUCACCAACCCCAUGUCUCACCUCUCCACCUCCGCCAGCAGGUCUCUCUCUCUCUCUCACUCACUCACUCACUCGUUCACACUCCACACAUUUUUCUUCAGUGUCCUCCCCCGUUAACCUUGCCACCACUGCUGAAAAACUCCUAGGGAAACACUGAUAUUCAUGCAUUAUGUAAGUCUUACAGUUGGGUAAAAUGGCUCAACACCACUUAAACCCAUGUCCUCUCUCCCUGUGUCAGUGAGAUGCUGGCGUGGGCCAGUGCCCAGAUCCACUGUCAGUUCCAUGGCAGUGAGAGCAGAGUGGCCCUGCCAGCCCAGGGCACCAAACAGGAUGUCCAGGCAGAGAGUGACACAGUCCUCAUCCCCAGCAGAGGUGAGUGGAGGGAUGGACAGAAUGGGGAACAAAAGAAAGUAAAGAGAGCUUCGCGAUGGAGCGAGAUUGGUCGUGUUCCCCAGCAGAGGCAUGGCAUUGCAUCAACCAAUGGUUGCGUAUCACGCCAACAACUGUGCAGUCAGGCACCAGAUUGCUAUAACAUAUACUGUGGUUAGCUGAUAUGUUUUACAUUACAUUUUUUUAAAACAUUUUAGUCAUUUAGCAGAUGCUCUUAUCCAGAGAGACUUAUGGAUGGACAAGUGUCAAAAUGCAACUAAUAUUUACAUUUUAGAUACGUUCUUACUUUUACCCAUGUGGUCAGUAUGAAGCGCCUCCCCGAAGCCUUUAGACCUCUGCACUCCAAUGUGUUUCUGCUCCCUGGGCAAUCACAUGGCUGUUACUGUACAUAUCCAGUUUGUCCGAGCCACCAUGACUGUAAAUGAUCCUUGUGAUGGCGAUUAGAGUCCUAAGAACCCCCCCUCUCCUGGGUAUGUUCAUGUACUGUAUGCUCAUGCUUGCUUGACACCCUUCAACCACUGUCUUCACCAGGAGAGCGAGGGCAGUGCAUGCUGGACACCCCUCCCAAGAUACUAUUCUGUGACCUGUGUCUGGACCCUGGAGAGAGCAAAACCUGUAAGAGCACACAACCCUGACUCUAUAACAUACACCGGAGUAUAGCUAUAAUCAGAGUUCAGGGGGGAUUCACUCAAUCAUCUGUCUCUCUCUCUCGCUUUCUCUGUCUCACGCGCACUUUCUGUCUCUCUCUCUCGCUUUCUGUCUCUCUUUUGCUUUCUCUCUCUCGCUUUCUUUCUCUCUCUUGUUCUCUCUCUCUCCUCCUUCAGACUCGUACAGUGAGGUGGUGCCCAACCAUGGCCCCCCUAGUUUCUGUGGCCAGUCAGUGAAGUAUUUCUAUAAGCUGACCAUCGGGUGCCAGAGGGUCAACUCCCCCAUCAAACUCCUGCGGGUCCCCUUCAGAGUCCUCGUCUUGCACGGUGAGCUACCCUCUCACUUCGUCUAAUCUAACAGAAGCACACCUCACAUCAGGGUUGUGUUCAGUAAGGAGAAAAUGUUUUGAAACCGUGAUAUACUACCUUAAUUUGUGCAAUAAGAACAUUGAUUUUCCUUUUCCGUGGCAAAACGCUUUGCCACUCUAUGCCCUAUGUAUGAAAUACAUUUUACGAAGAUGUUUUUCUUUCGCCUAUAAAAUGUUGGUGUCCCCUCUGUAGGCAUGCCGGAGCCCCCGUUCCACCAGGACGAGGAGGUGACUCCCUCUAACCCCUUCCUAGAGGAGGAGGAGGGUGGCCGCAGAGACGCCAGACCCCUGGAGAUGGCCCUGGACAUGUUGAUGAUCUCCACCUCGCGCCGCUGUCCCCGUGAGUCUCUGGCCCUCCCAGUCUGUGUCAUCUAAAUGAUACCCUAUUCCCUUUAUAGUGCACUACGUUUGACCGGAGCCCUACAGUAUGUGACAGCUCUUCAUGUGUGCCUUUUCCCGUUAUAUCUUAUUUGUGUUCCACAUCAUCUAUGUGAUGUACUGAGUUUUUUUGGGGCAGACUAUGAUCCAUGGUCUCUAAUCUAUCCCACUGUUUGUUUGCUUGUUUUUGGGUGUUUACCAGCACUUGACAUGCAUAUGACCUUUGACCUCACCACAGAUCUGUUCAACAUCACCAACAUGCGUGGGAAGGUGGCCAAGUUUUGCAUCUUCAAGACCGUCUACAGACUAGGGGAGGAUAUCAUUGGCACCUUCAACUUCUCAGAGGGGGACAUUCCCUGUAUACAGGUGUGUGUGUGUGUGUGUGUGUGUGUGUGUAUAUCUGACUCUGUCAUAUUUUUUACCUGAAUGAAGAUAUUAAGUGUCUGUGUGUGUGUCAGUAUUCGGUCAGCCUGCAGAGUGAGGAGGAGAUCCAGCAGGGGUACCAGAGGCAUCCCGAUCAGUCGAUCAGUGUGACGGGUCACGGUCGUCACCUAGAGUCCUGCCUCCACACGGCCUCCAGCCACUUCUCCCUCCCUGUCCCCCUCAACGUUACCCCCGGCUUCAGCACAGAUAUCGGUACGUAACCCAAUCUCAACUCUCUACACACACACACCGUCCCCCUAACGUCAUCCCCGGGUUCAGGACAGACAUUGGUACGUAGCCUAGUCUGCUUACUUAUUUACCUACUUAGACCCAUCUCUCCUCAGUCACCGGUUGCGUUCCAAAUACCACCCUUUCCCUAUGGGCCCUGGUCAAGUUGUGCACUAUACAGUGCCAUGAAAAAGUAUUUGCCCCGUUUCUGAUUUUCUAUAUUUGUGAAUUUUUACGACACAAUGUUUUUAGAUCUUCACCCAGAACAGAAUUCAUGGUUCCUUCAAUGAUGGCAAGUUGUCCAGGUCUUGAUGCAGCGAAGCAUCACACAAUCACACUACCACCACCAUGCUUGACCAUUGGUACGAGGUUCUUACUGUGGAAUGCAGUGUUUGGUUUUCGUGAGACAUAACGGGCCACAUGUCGUCCAAAUAUAUCCACUUUUGACUCAUCUGUCCAUAGAACAUUCUUCCAUGAGUCUUGACAAUCUUCCAGGUGACCCAUGUCGACUAUUUGGACGACAUGGGUCCCGUUAUGUCUGGUGAAAACCAAACACUGCAUUCCACAAUAAGAGCCUCCUACCAACAGUCAAGCAUGGUGGUGGUAGUGUGAUGGUUUGGAGAUGCUUUGCUGCCUCAGGACCUGGACGACUUUCCCUCAUUGAAGGAACCAUUAAUUCUGCUCUGUAUCAGAUAAUUCUACAGGAGAAUGUCAGGCCAUCCGUCCGUGAGCUGAAGCUGAAGCACAGCUGGGUCAUGCAGCAAGACAAUGAUCCAAAACACAAGCAAGUCUACAUCAGAAUGGCUGAAAAUAAACAGAUGUAAUGUUUUGGAAUGGCCUAGUCAAAGUCCAGACCUAAACCCGAUUGAGAUGUUGUGGCAAGACCUGAAAUGAGCAGUUCAUGCUUGAAAACCCUCAAAUGUUGCUGAGUUAAAGCAGUUCUGCAUGGAAGAGUGGGCCAAAAUUCCUCCACAGUGAUGAGACUGAUCAACAACUACAGGACGUUUUCGCUUGCAGUCAUUGCAGCUAAAGGUGGCUCAACCAGUUAUUGUGUAAGGGGGCAAUUACUUUUUCACACAGGGGUAUUGGUUGUUGCAUAACUUUGUUUUAUAAAAUAAAUGAAAUAAUUAUCAAAAUGUUGUUAUUUGUUCACUCAAGUUCCUUUUAUCUAAAUUAGGUUUUGGUUGAAGAUAUAAAAACAUUCAGUGUCGAAAAAAUAUGCAAAAAUAGAGAAAAUCAGAAAGAGGCAAAUACUUCUUCACGGCACUGUAUAGUGAAUAGGAUGCCAUUUGGGACAGGGCCCUCCACUCUCGUCUCCCUGUCCUUGGUUUAUUAUUAGUGAGUAGCCUGCCCUGCUUUUUGUUUAUUAUCUGGCUUAGCAGAGAGGGUUUGAGCACUUGACUAGAAGGACCAUUGUUCUCACAGAUUACCGAGGAUGCUGCUCAGUGCCAUCACAAUAAGAUGGUUUCCCAGACACAGAUUAAGCCUAGUCUUGGUCUAAGAUGGACUUUCAAUGGUGAAUUUCCAUUGAACAUGCUUAAACUUUUUUUGGGGGGAUAAAGACUAGGUUAAAUCUGUAUGGGAAUCCAUCCAUAAGAGUAGCUCCUCAACCUUCUCAGCGUCCUUCUGCCUGUACAGCCUAACUAUACUUCAGACACUUCUAUGACAACCUAAAUGAAUUAUGACAUGUUCAACUUGUACACAGUGACCCUGCGAUGGCGUCUGCACUUUGAGUUUGUCACAUCCCGAGAGCCCAUGGAACCGCCUACCGUGCUGCAGAACCAAUCAGAGGUCACUUUGUGGACGGGGGCGGAGCAUGUUGACGUGGAUACGUUCAGUUGGAACCUGCCAAUCAAAGUGCUCCCCACCAAUCCCGCCCUGACGUCCUACGUCUCCCAGUUCACAGGGACCAACAGCAUCAACAUUUGAGCGUGUGCGCGUGAGGAGUGAAGGAGGGUUAUAUUUGCACGAAUGGUGAUGUAAAGCAGGCAACUAUUUUUUUGUGUUUGAUAUUUUAACAUAUUAUGCAGUGCAUCCUAUAAUUUUGGGGGGAUUGCCUCCUUCCUUUUUUUAUAUAGCUAAAAGAUGAUGACAACCAAUGUAAUAUGCUACUGUCUGUCUGUGGGGU